CCGCUUUAUUGGCCGCCGCCGAAUCCUACCCGGCAGGUUUUUCCCCAUAAAAAUCCUUCUCGUAAUCAAUGGCAGCCAAAGGUUUUAUUCUCGACAUAUUCUGCCAUAUCGAGUGCUCCUGGCUCGUGCUGUCCACCUUUUUUGCCAUUGCCAACUGGACUCGCUUGCUGUCUGUAAGCGUGCGGGCAGACAUGACCAGCAGCCUUUUUGGAGCACUGCUGUUGAUCCGCUGAUAUCGUCAUUAUUCCUGAACUGCAUUCUAGCCAUGGCCAACAGUUAUCGCCCUCUCCAGCCUGCCCCCAUGGAAGAGCAGCCAACCCCGCCUCCAUCACAGCCCAGAGCGCCACUCGUUCAGAAACCGAAGCGGACAGUUACACUUGGGGCAUGUUUGGCCUGUCGCAAGCGCAAAUCAAAGUGCGAUGGCAGCCGUCCGGUGUGUACGUGCUGUGUUCAGAAGGAAACGGCAUGCGUGUAUGAGCUAGGACCCAAUGAAAAGCCCUCUCAGGCCAUGAAAAGAAAGAACGAGGAAAUGCAGGGCGAGCUCUUCAAUCUUCGUCAACUCUACGACUUCCUGCGCCUUCGACCAGAGCAAGAAGCCCUCGAUAUCCUAAGAAAAAUACGUAGCGAGCCUCCCGAAUCAUCCACGGCACAGCGUAUUCAAGAGCUUGCAGAUUUGACAAGGAAGCAGGGUGAACUGCUUGGACAACUACCAUCUUCCCUAGGGUCUUCACUUGUACAGCAGUCUGAACAAGUAACUUUGCCGCCUAUCCGUCUCGCUCUCGGCUCUCCCAACUCUGAUCCAGACAAUCUCUCAUUUCCCAACAUUUUUCCACUGGUCGUGGAGGGGCCCUCCUCGCAACGCCGCCGUCAUGCUCUAGAUGUCGAUGUUUCGGCCAGUUCAGAUAGCCAGAGCUCUCUUCCUGCUUUUGCAUCGCUGGGUACUGCUUUACAUACUCGUGCUCUGGAUCAAUCUCCCGACCCUCGCUUGGACUCAAUUAAGAGUUGGACGUCCGUUACCAAAGACAACCAUCUUCUCAGCCUUCUCUUCUCCUCAUGGCAUACCUGGGAAUACAGUUAUUUCCAUUUCUUUGACUGGGAUAUCUUCCUGGACGAUCUAUCGUGCGGUAAAUCCGAUUUUUGCUCUGAACUUCUUGUCAACGCAGUCCUAGCUACAGCAUGCUUUCAUUUGCCUUUGAUCAAAGACAGAUCAAAACCUUUUGGCGAUAACAUAUUAACGGAGUUUUAUCGCGAAGCGCGAAGACUAUGGGAGCUCGAUGAAGGCAACAACAGUCUUACCAGAAUACAAAGCGCACUUUGUAUAUUUAUGGUACUUGGAAAACAUGGUCGGGAUAAGGUGGGAAGCAUGUUUUUGAACGAAGCUUGCCGAAUUGCCCGCGACAUGGGUCUUUUUCGUGUGUCUCUACCUUCUCCAGAGAAACCUGUGGAUAAAAGAUGGGAGAGAUCAAGGGCUGUGACCGCUUGGUCGCUAUUCAAUUUCCAGCUUGAAAUGUCGUUCACGUAUUCUUUUCCCCCCUUGAUAACCGAGCAGCCGCCUAUUGCUGUUCCAUACGAAGAAAUUCCAGAAAAAGAAGCUUUCUUCCGCUACAGAUGCACCCGCCAUAUUCUCAUACUAGAGUGCUCCAAGAUUCUGACUGAAUCGGAUGCAUUUGUUUCUGAAGUCCCCCCAAAACCGGAGGUCAUUGAGGUGCUUUACGUCAAGAUGAAAUCAUGCUACGACGCUCAGCCAUCCAUCUUGGACCCGGAGAAGUUUCCAUCUCCUCCCAAUCUACUCGCCGCUCUGCAACAUCAUGCAUCAAUUGUUCGCUUGUUCCAACCGUUCAUCACCCGUUCAAGUUCUGCUGAGCGGAUGAAGGCUUACCGUGACCACGCUAUAUCCGUAACACGAUCCACGAUCAAAGAGAUUCGCCGUCUUCUCGCACUCCACGAUGUACAUCAUGGUUGGGAAAAGACAAUAACCUUCAUUCUCGACUCCCUUGUCAUCGCGAGUUUCGGUACACUGGAAGAAGUUGCACUUGAGAACAACUUUCAAGUCCCCCCCGAAGGUAACGAGCCAUACGAAGGUUUGCUGACAUGUUUGCGGGCAAUCGGCAUAGUGGCAACCUAUGUUUUCUACGCUCAACCUCUCUUUCGUCUUCUUACGCAAUCAUGCGAGAAACUUGGUAUACCUCUCCCCAUCGAACUUAUCAGCGCACUAGACUGUUACACAAGUGAGGAGUGGACACGGAAUGCAGCUGGUAUGGUGAGUAGCCAAUACAUCGCCGACCUGCGCAAGACCGCCAAUGAUGUCGAGAAUGCGAGAAUGGAUGCAAUCGUGUCUCAGUGGAAAGACAUGAGCCUCGAAGAAAAGACCGCAGCCACGCAAUACACGUCACCUCCCUCUGAUCAUUGA